GCUUCCUGCAAUCCUGCUGUCUAUAAAAGAGUUGAUGUACAGUGCAGAAUUUGUGUAUUACUUUUGUUGAGUAUGGCUGUGCUUGCUGAGGCAGGUCAUGGCUCGCUACACUUUGGUGAUACUGUUCUUUUUCUUAUUAAGACAAAAGAUUAUCAAGGCUAUGUUUACUCUGAGCUUUCAAGCUCUCCCUUUUUAACUGUGUACAACUUGAAAGAGCAUAAUGAGAAGAAUCCAGAUUUUCCAAACAUUGCUUUUGCUUCUUUUAAAAUAAUGGCUCCAAACAAAUACAAGGCAAAGCAACAACUAAAGCAGGCCCAACUAGAUCCUGAGAGUCAAGAGCAUCUCAAUGCCUUGCAUGCUUUUGAAAUGGAGGAAGCAGAAAAUAAACUUGAACAGAAAAGGCAUUUUGGCAGUCGAGUUUUAUAUGGUGAUUCAAUUCAA